UUAUUUAUUAAUAAUAAUUAUUUAAAUAUCUAUUUUUGUUUAUUAGUUUGCUGAAGAAGUAAAUAUUGAUUUAAGUUCAUGGUCUCCAUCACAAUAUUGGGAAGCACGUUUAGCUGAUAAUCGAAUGGUUGGAUUAUUUGUUAUUGAAAAUUUUGAUGAAACAAAUGUUCAUUUUGAAUAUGAUAAACGAGAAAUUAUUGAUAUAAUGUGGUUCAAUUUACGUGCAAAUAAUGAUGAAAUGCAUACAUUAAGACAAUAUUGGAAAGAACAACAACGAUUAAGUGAUCCAUAUUAUACAGCUCUUCCAUUUAUUGAACAUUUAAUAUUUGAAUAUUUACCACAUAAAGAAGAAAAAUGUUUAUUAUCAUCAUCAUCAUCAUCAAAUAAUUCAGUAAUUGAUAAACUUUUGGGUCGUUUACCUAAUUGGCCAUCAACUCCAUCUUUAUCUUCAUCGAUUUCACCUUCAAAUAAUGCUGGUUUAGAAUUAUUAAAUUUACUUCAACAACAAUCAAAGAAAGAAUCAUCCGAAUUAAUUCAUACCGAAACAAGUCGAAAUGCGAUGAGCAUAGUUGAUCGAUUGAAUGAAGCUAUUCGUCAAGCUAAAUGUAAUAAUAAUAAUUCUACGUCAACAAACAAUGCUGAUCAUCGUAUUGCGGUGCAAGCCUAG